AUGGAAAGACAACAAGCGACAGUAGAAAGAUUCACGACAGGAAUGGAAUUGCCAAAGAGAGAGUUUCUAUAUUUCGAUGGUAAUCCAGUAAAUUAUACAAGAUUCAUGAGGAAUUUCGAGCUGAAUGUGGAAAACAGAGUACAAGAAACAAGCGUUAAACUGUCCUUUUUGAUUCAAUAUACGAGUGGUACAGGAAGAGAAGCGAUCGAAAAUUGUGUGAUUUUACCAGCAGAUGAAGGUUAUGCAAAGGCCAAAGAGAUCUUAAGGAAGAACUUUGGACAAAAACAUAAUCGUUCGCGCAUUUAUUGAAAGAGUAACAAAAGGUCCACAGAUUAAGCCUGGCGAACCAGACAAGUUAAUGCAAUUGGCUCGGGAUAUGCGUAAUUGUUUAUUGAACUCCACGCAGCUGAACUAUAAAGCAGACAUAAACGCAAUGGAUACCCUUUCGAAGAUUGUAAAGAAACUACCUUCGUAUUUACAAGCAAAAUGGGCAGAACGUUCUGGUACUCUAAUUGGAUGUGACAUCAACAUUUGACAGAAUUUGUGGAGAAAAAUGCUUCCACUGCAAACACAAUAUUCGGAAAAUUGGUUGGGGCAAAACCAGAUGAUGAUAACAAGAAUAAAUUCAGACCACAAAUAUCAAACAAAGGAACAUUAGGAGUUACUAGAUAUACAGAAACCCAAACCAGUGAGACACGACCAGCAGGCAAUGUUGAAAUGACCGGUUAUAAAGAUAACAAUUCUCAUCCUGCAAGGAAGCAAGUCAGAUGUAUAUACUGCAAUCAAACUAAUCAUGAUUUGGAAAGGUGUUACAAGUUUCGGGAAAAAACGCAUAAAGAAACAAUGGAUUUUGUUCGUAAAGAGAAGCUUUGUGAUAAUUGUUUGCCUACCAAUAUCUGA